AUGCGAACAUUAUUAAUUUUUCUUUCAAUUGGUUUAUUUUUAACAUUGAUACAUUAUUCUGCUGCAAGAAAACCUGAUUCUUGGGAAAGUGCAGAAGAUGAUCAUGUAGAAAUGAAAGAUAAGAUUAAUUCGGAAUCAAACGACGAUAGUAAUGAUGAAAGUGACGAAAUUGAUAUGAAAGAAAAAUUUUAUGCAGAUCGAUUCAAUGUAGAUGAUCAAGGAAGAGAAGGAAAAAAUCAAGAUAUUGAAGAUGUUGAACUUGAACAAAAUCCAGAAGGAUCAAAUAGUCAUAGCUUUGAACAUAAUCAGAAGGAUUAUAGUAAAAUCUUACAAGAUAGUGAUGAAGAUUAA